AUGAAUCAGAACAUGGCUCCGCAGAUUUUUCCCCCAACCCUCGAUUUCCAUGAAUCACAUUACUUUCCACCUAAACUGUACGAUGUGAAUCAUUGCGAUGAAACUAUUGCUGACCAUCGUAGUGCGGGUUCUCAGUCUCUUGGAGACGAACUGUCAACUUCUCCUCGGAUAGCCCAGUUUCAGUUCCAACCUCUCCUUAAUCCAGAACCCGAUGAACACGCUUCCCCAGCUCCUUUGAGUCCUAAUCAGAGCUAUUCAGGUGUUACCAACCUUCACGUUUCUGCUCUUCCUGAUCAAGAAGGACAAUGCCUUUGGUCGGAUGCACUGGAGACAAAAGUCAAACUUGAAGAGCGAAAUCGUGAAUGUUUCAUUUUCGAGGCACGGGGACGGCAACUGGAAAAAGCUCAAGAACAGAUCGCUUUUCUAAAAGAGGAGCUAGCUAAGUAUGAACAACUUAGCCAGCACCAAUCAAUCCUUGCAAAAGCUGAGAUCGAGACGUUGGUGCGGGAACUAGAACGCUCGGAGGGCUUGAGAAAUGCUGCCGAAAAAGCCAACGCUGCAUUACUUGAAGCCAAUUCAAACCUUGCGAGUGAACUUGACGCACUGAAAAAAUUGAAGACUGAGGUGGACAAGAAACUCGCAGAUAUGGAGGCCACGAAUGCCUCUCUUUCAGCCGAACUUGUGCAGCUUUCGAGUGGUACCAGCUUGAGUUUGGCCAAGCAGCGCGAGAAUAAUCUUGCUGAUUGUCUUGCCCGCCGUCAUGCAAUGGCCGAAGAUGUUCUCCGUGAGGACUUGGAUAUAGCUAAUCGACGGAUAGCGGAUAAAGAAGACGAGUUGCUCUCAAUCCGAAAAGAUUUAGAAGCGGAACGCCUUCGUAGUCAAGAUCUAGUGGCUGAACAUGCUGAUUAUGUCGAAAACCUUCAGACCAAAUUGAAAGUUGCUCAAGACAGAUGCAAUGAACUAUCUUCCUCUUCGUUAUGCACGGAAGUUCACGAACUGCGUCGCCGUCUGCAGGAGAUUCUCACUUCGAAAAAAGAAGAGUUAAAGGAUGUUCGAGAACAACUUGCGAUAUACGAACAGAGCCUGGGAAUUAGUGGCGCAGUUGGGAAUGCAGCUGAGACAGAGUCGUCAUUAGAGACCUCAGGGUUGUUUACAACCCCGAGGCACCAUCUACCGCUUUUCCAAGACAGCGGAGGCUCUGUUCUUUCAACUGUAAUUUCUAGACCCCUUUCAAAUCGGCGAAGGAGAAGUUGUCAAUCCGUCACUUUUGCACCACAUGUUGAAGAUGAGGACAACGACCUUAGUGGUCUUAGAAGACCUCGAAGACCUUCGUCUGCCGUAUCUGCUCCUCUAUGCUCUACAUGGAAUCAAGGAAACAACGUAGUGGCUACUGUUAGCGACGACGAAGUCAUUUCCGCCGCACCCUCGCGACGGUCAGCUCUGGGUCCAACUCCUGGUGUUAGCUUUGCUGCGGCACACGGGCUGGGCUCAGCAAGUGAUCUGGGUUUCCUGAAGGCCCAAAAUACCAACUCAGCCUUGAAAACCGAACUGAAGGUAGCGUUGACCUCGUAUCGUGCGAAACGGCAGCAAAUUACCGCAUUGCACGAGAAGCUCUUUGCCACUCGUUGUGAACUACAUAAAACAAUAGCUGAACGCGAUCGCGCUGAGGCCGCCCGAAAUGAUCUCCAAUUGCGCAUCCUUGCUCUCGAAAAGGAGUUAAGUCUCCAGGAGGAUGCUCGAAAACCUGGCCCUCGUGAGUCAGCACUCGUUGGCCAACUUGAGCGUCUACAGGCCGAUUACUCUCGCCUCGAAGCUGAACUACAGACAUUACGCUGUCGACUGCAGGACGCACUGGCAGCAGAGGCGCGGGCAGCCGCCGCCGAGCGAGCGUCCCGUGAGCGCCUGGAGGCGAGCACGGCGGAGCGCGAGGCCGCCGUGGAGCGCGCCCGCGCCGCCUGCGAGGCGCACUACACCUCCGCACGCAGGCGCCUCGAAGCGGAACUCAACACCGAACACGAACGCUUACUACAGCAAAUGAAGCAGGAGGUGUUCAUGGCUAGGGAGGAAUGUUCCGCUUAUCGCAGUGAGCUCGAAAGGGUGGCUAGAAUGUAUCAAGAAGCUCGUGCGGCUACCACUCAAGCUGUGGAGUUAACAUUGGCCGAGGCUAUGCGAGAACGGGAAAAUGAACGCAUUCGGUUUUGGCGGGAAGAGUUGCCACGCCAGAUCGAGCAGGCGCGUUCCAGUUGGCUAUCCGACACAGAGAAGAGAGCAGCACUUGAAGCAAGUCGUAUUCGCACUUUCUGUCAAGCAGAGUUCGAAUCUCGGCUCGCAACCUACGCAAGGGAACAUCAGGCAGAAUUGGACCGACUGCGUCGCUCAAAGUGCAUGCGUGAUCAGGCUGUCAGUUGCACACAACCAGCGAUUGUGACAGUAGUCGCGACACACGACAGUCACCCUUUGAUUGCCAGUCUUCUUUCGGACGACCUCUUUACCCGACUUGUUUCCGCUCUUAACAACAGCCACUUACUGGAUCUCAUCGAGGACAGCCUUACGUGUGUUUUGCAGAAAGUCGCCCGCACCUUGGUCCAGCGAGUUUCCGAUGUUGCAUCGAAGUCAUUGCUUGCAGCACUAAGUGAAUUCGGUGUGCUUGAAGAAGACCAGCACCGACUGACAGAGAAGCUGUCAUUAAGAAGUGCAGAAGAGCCGGUCGUCGUGAAUUUGUUAUGCAUGCUUGAGAAAACGGUUAGCUCUGAUUCGUCGAUGGAAGUAGCAAUUAUUCGUAAACUGGCCUCCAAGUGCGCAGCAUUCGGUGUGACUACUGUCGAUUCUGCAACUCAAGUAGGCGGGAAAUCGGUGGAAGCGGGUCAAGCGUCGGUUUCCAGCGAAGUCUUGAAGAAAAUCAAAGGGGAGAUGCUUUCCUACGUCGAGUCAUGUCAGGAGAGGUAUGCAAGGACGUUGCAGAUGAACUUCGUCCGCAUACACCGUCGCGCUUGCAGACAGUUGACUCAACGCUUGUGCGCUGCUCUUGUAGAGGCCGGAGUUCGUUUUAAUCGCUCUACGUCUCUUCCUUCCUCCGUCACCACGGCGAGGCAGUCAAAUGAAUCAAUGAAGUUCUCGGAGUUGCAGAUAGAGUCUUUGUUACAUAUCAUCGACGCGACUUGUACCUCCACUGAGGUGGCCGUCUCCGAUGGAUCCCGGAAAUGUCGACCAAUCUUCUCACCCACUCACCCACCAGCGCGCCAGACACAACUCCUAUCCACCAAGACCUUCAGAUACAAUGACCAGCUACCGUGCAGUGACCCUGUAACUAUGUUUCCAGUUGUUCAAAACCAUGCAGCAGCAACUAACGAACGAACCGACGGUGUUGAAUAUGACCUUAAUGGACUUCUCAAUACUAAAAUGGAGUCGCCUAAAGCCCCAGCCCCCGUUCCACGCGUCCGGAGCCGACCCCCGAAAAAUAUAUAA